UGUUCUGCAUCUCGUCAGGAUGGUGUUUGGGGCAUGUCCAUCCUCUCCAAAGAGCUGGCUGAUGUUUUUGCAGAGGACUCAGAAAACGAUCGAACAUUUCACGGAUUUUCUGACAGUGAAGUCGAAGACCUCUGUGAUAAGGAUUCCAGUCCAGGAGAUGAAACUGAGGCCGAACCUGUUGGGUCCUCCAUCCAAGAAGAGACAAGCUCAAGGCGGCCUGCUGCUCGUCGCUUCAAGCUUAAAGUGAUUCUCCACCCACGUCCCUCCACCCAUCACUCGAUUGAGGAGGAAAAGGAGGAUAAAGAGAGCAGGGUGAAGAAAGAGAUGAUUCAGGCAAACACUGCCAAGAAGGAGAAAUGCAUGGGAUUUGGGGAAGAAGAGACUUCCAAAGUGUCUGACUCAGAGGAAGAUGUGUCACAUUCUUUCUUAUCAAAAAGAGAGGAGAACAUUAAAGCCAAUAAAGCAAUGUUGGCUCAGCUGAUGGUGGACCUACAGAAGAUACCAGGAGGUGCGAUGCUUCUGAAAAAUCAAGCCUCCAAACAGUCCAAAGGGAAGCGGACUCGCCCACCAUACUCUGAAACGGCCCAGGGGGAGUCCAGGAGGAACCCUGAGCGGGUGAACCGGUGUCGAACACGCUCCAUGAGGGGAGCAGAGGACCCCCCGGCUCCUCAGGGCACAGAGAUGGGGUUCAGCCUGGAGAAGAAGCUCUUGGAGGUACGCCGGCCCCCACAGACCCGAGGAGCCCCACAGCCCAGUAAGGGCAAACCUUAUGUGGUACGCACAGUGGAGGAGAUCACAGAGGAUGAGCUUCAGCUGGUGGCAGACAACAUGACUGAGAAAGUCUACAACAAAGUCAUGGGCUCUACCUGUCAUCAGUGCCGGCAGAAAACCGUGGACACAAAGACCAGCUGCCGCAGUGAUGACUGUCAUGGGAUCCAGGGCCAGUUCUGUGGCCCCUGUCUGAGAAACAGAUAUGGAGAAGACGUACGCCAGGCUCUGCUUGAUCCGGAGUGGCAGUGCCCGCCCUGCCGCGGCAUUUGCAACUGCAGCUUCUGUCGCCAGCGUGAGGGCCGAUGCCCCACCGGCAUUCUGUUUCCCCUGGCUCAGUACCACGGCUUCUCCAACGUCCACUCGUACCUCAGCAGCCUCCGAAACAAACUCAAGACUGAGCGGGAUGUGAAUGUGAUUUCAAGACACUAG